AUGAACGAUGAAAUAAAGAGCUGUCACACUGGAGCCAACUACCUCACCAGUGGUGGAGACAGCAUGCUGGGCCUCCUUCUGCCCUGGGCCGGCCUCUCAGUGGCCUGUUUAUUCUUUGCAGGUAUUCCACUGUGGGUGUUCUUCAGUCAUUUCUUCCUGAUCGAAAUCCCCGCAGGGAUCAGCCAUCCCAACAGGCUUCGGGUUUACCAUUGUCUCUUUGAACUGCUAUUUACAUGGGGCAAGAUUUUGGAGAAGAUGAAUAUCUGUUACAGAAGCAAGUUGAUCUGUUUUGCACAAGACCUGUUGCCCCUGAAGAAGGAUCCAGAUGUGGUGGUCACAGACCUGUGCUUUGGGACAAUCCCUGUGAAGUUAUACCAACCCAGGAGUUCUUCUAGAACCCUCCGGACUGGCAUUUUGUUCUACCACGGAGGAGCGGCCUUGAUAGGGAGCCUGAGAACCCACCAUGACAUCUGCCUUACUUUGUGCAAGGAGAGUGACUCAGUGGUCCUAUCUGUUGGAUACCGCAAGAUGCCCAAGUAUAAAUUUCCAGUAGCGGCCAAUGAUAGCAUGGCAGCCACCAUUCAUUUCCUGAAGUCCCUGAGUGCAUUCGAAGUGGAUCCAGCUCGCGUGGUGGUCUGCGGUGAUAGCAUGGGAGGGGGAAUGGCCGUCUUGAUGUGUCAAAAGCUUUUGAUGUAUCCUCACCUUCCGAAGAUUCGUGCCCAGAUGGCUAUCUACCCUGCUCUCCAUGGCCUUGAUUUCCAGUCGCCUUCCAAUCAGCAGAACAACGUUCCAUUUCUGCCUAGGAAUUUUGCCAUCUAUUGUCUUAUGACCUACUUGAGUAUUGAUCCCUCCUGGGAAAGAGACAUAAUAACAGGUGCUAAUCUGCCCCCUGAAAUACAUGAGAAAUACAGAAAGUGGUUGGGCCAUGAGAACAUUCCUGAGAGAUUCAAAAAAAAGGGUUACCGCCCCAAACCAGUGGCACCUCUGAAUGAGAAUGCCUAUCAUGAGACCCACCUCCUGCUAGAUGGCAUCAUGUGCCCACUGGUGGUAGAGGAUGAAGUGAUGUCUCAGAUGCCUGAAGCUUUCAUCGUGACCUGCGAGUAUGAUUAUCUUCGGGAUAACUCUCUGCUAUACAAGAAGAGGCUGGAGGACUUGGGUAUCCCAGUGACAUGGUUGUAUGUGGAGGAUGGUUUCCAUGGAGCGCUAAGCACACUUGACAAGAACUUCAUGAAUUUUCCCUGCUCUCAGAGAAUUAUGAAUGCCAUGGUUGAUUUUAUUAAGGGAUUGUGA